GGCACUUUUACGAAACCGAAGGAAGAGGGAGCUAGAGACGAGCACGAAGAAGGCAGAGGCAGGAAGGGGCGAGAAUUGAACGUGUCUUUCUCCGACAGGGAUCGGACUAAAUGCUGGGGUCUUUGCUUCGACGAAGAGCCAGGCUCCGGGAUUGGUGGGCGACCAGAUAGCGUAACGCCACCCCCCCUCCGCACCACCACCACCAUCAUCAUCAUCAUCCUCUCCCUCUGUUGAGAAUUGCGUUAAAAGGAAAGGCCUGAGCUUUGUCAACAUUACCGGAUUAAUAUUUUUUUUAUUUUUUUUAUUCCCCCUCCCUCCGACCGUCCUGUAGAUUAAGCGGAACCGUCGCAGGCUGGUGUAUGUGUUUAGAAUGGGACACGCUGAAGGUCCAGUCAAAGAAAAAGACAGUUAAGGAUGCAGGAGCCCAACAAUGGAUUUCACCUCCUUAUCUUACAUGCCAGGGAUCAUGGGAAAUACAAUUCAGCAACCCCCUCAGCUCAUUGACUCAGCCAACAUCAGACAGGACGGCUCCUGCGACACCGGCAGUGACCCGGGAGAAGAUAGCGGUCCCCCUUAUGAUGCUGCCCUGGAUGCAGAGUUCUCCUACCCGCCGUCGGCCUCGGAGGACAUGCCGCAGGUCCCCAACGGCUACCCCCCGGGUCUGGGCAUGUACGAGCCCCAGGCCAAGUUCUCCCUGUACUCGCAGUUCCCCAACGGCUCGGCCAACGGUUACGGAGCCAUACGGGGCUACGGGGAGCACGGCCUCCUGGGCGAGGGAACUGUCCUGAGAGGACCCGGAGGCCAUGAUAGACCUCUGUCCCCCGUCUCCACCCCGCUGUCCAUACUUCACCCGCACCUGCACCACCCCCAUCACCACCACCACCACCACACGCAUCCCUUCCACUCGAACCCACCUCACAUACAGACCCACUCGCACCCGCACAGUCCUCCGCCGCCGCUGCCCGCCCAGCACCAACUCUCCCAGACGCCCCACAUCAUGAGCCACAACCUGCCGCCCCCGCCCCCGCUACACCUGCCUUCCUCCAGCCCUCCUCCGUCCCUUGUGGACAGCACCCCCUCCUCUCAGCCUCCACUCGCUCCAUCCAACACCCCCGGUGGGGUGCUGAAGAAAACCAGCUCUCCAGAGAUCAAGCUGAAGAUCAUCAAGACGUACCAGAAUGGGAAAGAGUUGUUCGAGUCUGCGCUCUGUGGGGAUCUGCUGCAGGAGCUGCAGAAGGAGAAGAACGAGGCCAAUCAGAUGCAGCGCAGACACGAGAGGAAGAAGGAGAAGAGGAAAAAGAGCGCGAGGUUGCAGGUUCAGCAUCAGCAGGUUCAGAGUGUGGAGCCGAUCCAAGAGCAAGCCGGCACGACGGCCCAGACAGAGGACACCCACAUCCAGCCGCAGCCAAGAGAACCGCAGCCGAGCGAGCCGCCACCGGCGCAGGUGGAGCAGCCUCAGAGGACGGUGAUCAAAACCGAACAGAAAACACCAAAGGUUCCUAAAGUCCAUCAUCCAUCAGUGAUCCAGGAGACGGGGUUCUGUAAGGAGUUUGUGAUCGGAGAUCUGGUGUGGUCCAAGGUGGGCACCUAUCCCUGGUGGCCCUGCAUGGUCUCCUCAGACCCCCAGAUGAAGGUCCACACCCGCAUUAACACCAGAGGGCACAGGGAAUACCAUGUCCAGUUCUUCGGCAGCGUUGCUGAGCGAGCGUGGAUCCACGAGAAGAGGAUAGUCACGUACAUGGGCAAGCAGCAGUUCGACGAGCUUCAGGCGGAGACGCUGCGCAAGGCCACGAACCCUGUGGAGAGGCAAAAACUUUUGAAGCCUAUCCCUCAGAGGGAGCGUACUCAGUGGGAGGUGGGCGUCGGCCACGCUGAGGACGCCUUCCUUAUGACGCGCCAGGAGCGGAUUGACAACUACACCUUCAUCUAUGUCGACCCGGACCCCGAAGAGGUCCCGCCUACCAAGAAACCUACCAUCCGAGCUGAAAAACGGAACCGGCGCUCCAGCGGCUCGGUCGGGAAGAAGGAGGACGUGAGCGUGAAGUCGCCUGACAGGGAGCAGCCGCCUCGGAGGCAGCUGCCCCGGCGGCAGUGCAGCGUUUCCAACACAGAGGACAGCACGAACACACAGUCCGCCAGCGAAGAGAAGAACCAGAAGGGAGAACAACAACAACAGAAGAAGAGCUCUCCGAAGCAAAACGCCAGCUCUGAUGCGAAACAGGAAUCGCCGCCACCCAGGACGUGGAAAACGGCAGCUGCGAGGAAGCUGCUGCCUCUCUCCAUCACCAUGAAGAGGCUGAAUGUGGAGAUCACCAAGUGUGACUGGCCUCUCCUGCAGAAAAACAUCGCGCCACCCCCAAAGAAGGACAAAGAAGAAGAGAAGAAGGAGAGAGUGGAGCGAGAGGCCAGGCAGCCCGACCUGGGAUACUGCUCACCUGACCAGGACAGCAGAGUCAAACCUGAGCCCAGUCCAGAGGAGGAGGAGGAAGAGGGGGACGAAGGUGAGGAAGAGAGCGAUGAGAGGAGAGGCUCUCCUGCCAGUAGGAGGAGUGAGUCUGCAAAUCGACAAACUUCUUCACCAGGAUCCCCCAGCAGUAGUCCACAAGGCUCUCAGGAGAGGAAGCCUCAGCGGCGGUCAGUCCGGAGCAGGUCUGAGUCGGAGAGAGGCACCGAUCCCAUCCCCAAGAAGAAAACCAAAAAAGAACAGGCUGAGAUGGCUCCAGAAACGACGCUGAAGACGGGUUCGCAGAAAGGAGCCAGUGAGAUCUCGGACGCAUGCAAACCCUUAAAGAAGAGAAGCAGAGCAUCAACAGACGUCGAAAUGGCUUCAUCCCAGUACAGAGACACCUCCGAUUCCGACUCCAGGGGUCUCAACGACCCACAGGGUUUGUUUGGGAAGAGCCUGGACAGUCCGGCGGCAGCAGACGCCGACGCCUCAGACACUCAGUCCGUGGACUCCGGCUUGUCCCGCCAGGACAGCGGGACCGGACAGAGAGACACGGUGUGCCAGAUCUGUGAGGUGUACGGGGAGGGCUUAGUCGUCUGUGAAGGUGACUGCAACAGACAGUUUCACCAGGACUGUCUCGGCCUGUCGUCUCCUCCGGAGGGCAGGUUCACCUGCAAUGAAUGUAGAAAUGGCAAUCAUCCUUGUUUUAGCUGUAAAUCGGUGGACCCGGAGGUGACUCGCUGCUCCGUGUCUGGAUGCGGAUGCUUCUACCACGAGGACUGUGUCCGGAAAUUGCCGGGCUUCAGCAGCGGCUCCGGCGGAGGCUUCUGCUGCCCGCAGCACAGCUGCUCGACUUGUUGCCUGGAGCGGGACGUGCAACGAGCCAGUAAAGGCCGUCUGAUUCGUUGUAUCCGCUGCCCGUUGGCCUAUCACCCCAGCGACGGCUGCCUGGCCGCCGGCAGCGUCAUCCUCACCCAUCACAUCAUGAUCUGCAGCAACCACGGCAGCGCCAAGAAGAACGGCCUCCUCUCCUCCCCCGUCAACGUGGGCUGGUGCUUUCUGUGUGCCAGAGGGCUGUUAGUGCAAGACCUUACUGACACCAUAUUAAGUUCAUAUGCCUAUAAGUCCCACUACCUUCUGACUGAGUCAAAUCGUGCUGAGUUGAAAUUACCUAUGAUUCCCUCUCCUUCGUCAGCUACCAAAAAGAAUGUUGGGAAAGGAGGCAAGUUGCUGUGCUGCGACUCAUGCCCAGCUUCCUUCCACCCGGAGUGUCUGGAGAUGGAGAUGCCCGAGGGUGCAUGGUCCUGCAGUGAUUGCAGGGCAGGAAAGAAGCCUCACUACAAACAAAUUGUCUGGGUCAAACUGGGAAACUACAGAUGGUGGCCGGCUGAGAUCUGCAACCCUCGCUUGGUGCCGUCCAACAUCCAGAGCCUUCGGCACGACGUCGGCGACUUCCCGGUCUUCUUCUUCGGCUCCCACGACUACUACUGGAUCAACCAGGGCCGGGUGUUCCCAUACGUGGAAAACGACAAGAACUUUGUCACGGGUCAGAUCAACAUCAACAAGACCUUCAAGAAAGCUCUGGAAGAAGCAGCCCGGCGGUUUCAGGAGCUCAAGGCUCAGAGGGAGAGCAGGGAAGCUCUGGAGCAGGAGCGCAACUCUCGCAAACCUCCUCCUUACAAGUUCAUCAAGACCAACAAGCCAGUGGGAAAGGUGCAGAUGCACGUGGCCGACCUGUCAGAAAUCCCCCGGUGCAACUGCAAACCGACAGAGGAGCACCCGUGCAGCAUCGACUCGCAGUGUCUCAACCGCAUGCUGCAGUACGAGUGUCAUCCGCAGGUGUGUCCAGCGGGAGACCGAUGUGAGAACCAGUCCUUCACCAAGCGGCUGUACGCGGAAACGGAGGUGAUGAAGACGGAGGGGCGCGGCUGGGGGCUCCGAACAAACCAAGCGCUCCGGAAGGGUGACUUUGUGACCGAGUAUGUGGGAGAGGUUAUAGACUCGGAGGAGUGCCAGCAGCGAAUCAAACGAGCCCACGAAAACCACGUGACCAACUUCUACAUGCUCACCCUAACCAAGGACCGUGUGAUAGACGCCGGCCCAAAAGGAAACUCGUCUCGGUUCGUGAACCACAGCUGCAGCCCCAACUGUGAAACCCAGAAGUGGACGGUCAACGGAGACGUUCGCAUCGGGCUCUUUGCCCUCAGCGACAUCGAGGCUGGCGCAGAGCUGACCUUCAACUACAAACUACACUGUGUGGGCAACAGGAGGAUGUCCUGUCACUGCGGAUCCGACAACUGCUCGGGGUUCCUCGGAGUGCAGCCGACGAGCGUCGUGGUGAUGGAGAAGGAGGAGAAGGCCAAGAACGCCAAGCUGAAGCCCAAGAAGCGGAAGCUGCGGCCGGAGGGCAAGCACACGCACGAGUACUUCUGCUUCUGCUGCGGAGAAGGAGGGGAGCUGGUGAUGUGCGACAGGAAGGACUGUCCGAAAGCUUAUCACCUGCUGUGUCUCAACCUCACCAAGCCGCCAUACGGACGCUGGGAGUGUCCGUGGCACGACUGCAGCGUGUGCGGCGCCUCCGCUUCAGCGCUCUGCGACUUCUGCCCCCGUUCGUUCUGCCGGGACCACGAGGCGGGGGCGCUCACCGCCUCCUCCCUGGACGACCGCCUCUGUUGCUCCAACCACAACCCGCUCAGUCCGCUCGGCUCCGGGUCCCCCCAGCCGCGUCGCCCCGAUCGGAGCCCCGCCCGGGUCAAGGAGGAAUCUGAGGGGAGCCGGCCGGCUAAAGAGUGAAGCUGCAACUUCCACUAUACCUCAUUCCCGGCGAAGUGCUCUCUGAUGUCUGCAGCAGGGCACUUCACAAGGGGAAUACAGUGUUUUUUUUUUCUGUUUCUGUUUUUUAAAUGGUGCGACGGCUGCUGCUAGCAGCUAGGACACGCUGAUGAACACCCUGAUGCUGUUGGCAGCGAGAGCAGAGCGACCGGAGGAACGUCAGGGGAAGGUGACCAAGCAUAGUCGUGCGCUGUUUUCUCUCCUCUCUUGCCAUAAAAGACCAACAGUUACACUUUCUGCAGCUCACCUGUGCCCAUUGGAGCACCCAGACCUUACUUUUCGUUUUUUCUUUUUUUUUUUUUUUUCCCCUACUUGCAUUUUUCUAAGGCUGUGGAGUUCAUACAGGCCUGUGAAAAAGUAUUUACUACCUUAAAAAUUUCUUCUGUCUUUGCUCAAAUUCGAAUGUGAAACACCGUUAGUUACAAAAUACAAAAUACAAAAGCAGAUUUCAAAUAAUGAUUUAAUUCAUUAAAAAGAAAGAAGCUGUCCAAAGCAACCUGGCUAUAUGUAACAUAGUAAUUGUACACUAAACCUAACAUUUGGUUCACGGCUACAAACGCCGACUGGUUUUCCAACACUUGUCCCAUUCUCGUUUCUUGUUCAAUUCAACGACGUUGUCGGAGCAUCAGCAACCUUUUUGACGUACUGCCACCUUGCAUUUUAUCAGAAUGAGGUCCAGACUUUGACUAGGCCACCCAGAAAACCAUCAUUGUGUCUUUUUUCGAGUCGUUUAAAGGUGAUUUAUUCUGCUGUAACCCAAGAACAUUGAGCCUUAAGAGUAAUUAUCGUUGGCCAGCCAGUACUGGGAAGGUUUCUUACUUCUACGUGUUGUCUUCAUUUAUGGAUAAUUACUCUCAACUGUGAAGAGUCUAAAAUCUUUAAAACUAUCUUUUUUUUAGCCAUUACCAGCCUGAUGGAUGAGGUUAGCUUUUGUUUCUGCUCUUGAUUUUCUUUAAAUCAGGGGGGAUUGUGUGUCGUUUUAUGAGACCUUUUGGCUCAUGUCAAGCUGUCAGACAGGAUCCAUUUAAGGGAUUCCUUGAUGCUGUACGCCUGUCGCUCGUCGGCUAAAAUGGAAUUCAACUUUCAAAUUAAAUCAGGAUUUAUUGCAAUAUAACCGUCAUAUCUUCAUAUAGAUCCAGGAUAGCUUUAUUUUCCCUACAAUAAAUGAAAGCUGCUGCUUUGUAUUUACUUAUUAUUCUUUCGUCUGACCGUUUUUUAAAAGUUUGUUUGAUCUGAAACAUGCAAGUGUGGCAAAAAUCCAAAAGGAACUGUAACCGGGGGGUAAAUACUUUUUUCACCGUCCUGCAAGUGUUGCCGCGCUACAGUACUUUGAAUAUCUCAAAUAUUAAGAGAGGAGGGGAGGUGCUACGUCGAGCCUCUCCACCCAUCGUGCUGCUCUCCCCCCCCCGUUUACGCUGCUGUAAACCGCGUAAAGGGUCUCUUUACGACGGAGACGAGGCAGCUCUUCUUCAUCGCCUCCGACACGAUCCCCCCCCCUCACCCCGUUCUACUUCUUGUUUCUCGUCGAAAAAGAACUUGGAAAAAUGACCAAAUUUGUGCAAUUUUGCUUUUUAUUUUAUUAUUUUAUUUUAUUUUUUUCUAGGACCACACUACAUUCCAACCUUCCUUUUAACACGCUUUUUAAUAUACUUAUGGGGUAUAGAUGAAUAUAAUUAAAUACAGUAAUCUAUGUUUGUUAAUGUUUACAGAUAGAUUUCUCUCACUUCAUCUCGGUGAGUGGUGUAUUACGUUUGUUUGUUUGUUUCGGUGUUGAACAUUACGCUGACCUCUUUGUGAAAAUAGUCCUAUUAAGGUGAAAUAUAAUGGUAUAUAGUGUAAUGGUAUGACAUUACAGAAGUACUUGUGAUUUCAUAUUGCCAGUCCCACUUUGCCAUUGUGUACAUAAUUGGCUCAUCAUAUUGUAAAGUACUUAAAAAACCAGGAGGGCGGAGGCUCUCCGGUUGCGUCUGGAGGAAGAACAUCUUGUUUGUUUUUGUUUUUUUACGUUCUUGCGCGUCCUCUGGUUAGUUUCCUUUAUCUGUACAGUAAAUGGAGGAGAGGGGCGGGGAGGGGAGGGGGAGGAGCUUGUGAUCACUGGUGCUGUGUUUCAAGUAUUGUUAAUAAGCCUUAAGUUUGAUUUUUGGCUGUCGGAGACGCUGCAAGGGGUGCGGCGCGUUUCGGUAAUUUCAUUUCACCCGUGUACUGUGACGGCCUCUCUUUUUUUUUUUUUUUUUUUUUUUUUUGCCAAACCUUUCUAUGAAAAGCACUUUCACGCGGGCGGGCUGAGAAAUACGCAGACAUGGCAAGUAUUUCAAAAACGGAUACCUCUUCUUGUUACAACAUUGGAAUUUCAUCUGCGUCGGGACUGUUUAUGCCUCUCAGUCGGAAACAUUGGGAAUGCUAGGUCUUCUUUUUUCCUUUCUUUUCAAACAAAAGUGGCUUAAUUGCCAAGAGGUCUUUUUUUUUUUUUUCUUUUUUGUUUUAGAAGGAGAGGGUCACAAAUGGGAAUAAACUGCCACCCCAGCGUUGGAUUAAAAGGA